AUGCUCAACGAAAGUUUCGAAGAGUUUCCCAGAUGGUACGAAUUAUCAAUGCAUAUCUCAGCCUCCAUAACCAUCCCAGUCAAUAUUUUCGGUCUUUUGAUGAUCAUUUUCUUCUCCCGAAAUCAGAUAAAAAAUUAUCGAUUUUAUUUAUUAUUCCAUCAAAUAUGCUCGAUGUUAUCUGAUGUGAUUAUAAAUACGGGAACCCUACCAGUCAUUUAUUCACCAUACGCAAUUGGGGAACCACAUGGUUGGAUGACUGGGGCUUUUAGAAUGGUUGGAAUUGAGAAUAGCACAAGGCUGCAAUCAGUGAGUUCUCAGAAUAGAUAUGUACUUAUUUUCUGUCUACAAAUUUCAGGAGAUUGUAUUUGAUGGUAUUUUGAUGACUGCAUUAAGUGUUGAACUUUUAUUUUUUUAUCGCUAUCAAUCAAUUCUUCCAUUAAAUCAUCGAUGGAAAUUCAAAAAAUCCACGAAAUUUCUAACAGUUUCGAUUUAUCAACUAGUUUGGCUAAUUUUUCUAACAAUCUCAUUUCACAACACAGUUUCUGGAAAUCAAGAUCUCAUCAAAAACCAAUUUAGAGUAACUCAUCCAGAACUCUCGUUUUUUGUAAAAAGCAAAGAGUCUCUAAUCGUUGCCGUUGAGAGGUUAACAUUGAUGGGUUGUUAUUUUUAA